AGAGCGUGGCGCUGCCCCGCCCGGCUGGUCCCAUGCAGCCCGCCAUGAUGAUGUUCUCCAGCAAGUACUGGGCGCGGAGGGGCUUCUCUCUGGACUCGGCCCUGCCGGAGGAGCGCCCCGGCGGCCUCACCGUAAGUGACGGGGCUGGGAGCGGAGCGGAGGGGGGAUCCGGAGGUAGGGCGGCCCGUGGGGUUAACUUUGCGGCUGCAGGUACCGCUGGCGGCUGCUGAGUCCAGCGGGUGCUGCUUCCCAGCGCUGCCGCGAGGGUGUCCUCAACGACAGCGAAAGUUUCGCUAGAAAAGCAAGCACGGAGGAUAACCGCUCUCAGAACACGGGAGCUCAGUACAGGUGUUCCCGAGCGCCCGGGCUGUGGCAGAGCGGUUACAAACCUCGCAGCGUGACGCUUCAAACGUGUUUGAUGGCGGUCAGAAAGGUGCCCGUGAGGAGCAGCGCGGCUCCGCUCCGGGCAGCUGGGACCGUGCCGCGGGUGUCGGCGUGUCCUCGCGGCUAAACGGCUUCGAGUAGGGUUACGCUGUUAGUAACGGGUGCUGAUUGUCUCAUCCGCUCUGAAUGGGGGUGAAUAUUUCGGGUUUUCAGAACUUAGAGCCCAUAAAAUUGUAUGUCAAAUUUGCAGCGUGUGGAGGCUUUGAAAAUUUGAGUAGAACCCACGGGAUGUGCUUGCUUGUACCAGUUGUGAACUGGCCUUACAGGAAAAUGUGUAAUAUCCUUGUUGAUAAACAGAUCAAGCUCUGGGAAAAAUGAGGAUAAAAAAGGAAAUAAGGGAAAUGGGAAAGGCGAGUCAGUUUCUGAAGGUGGAAAGACAGCUGUGGUGUUUUCCUUGAAGAAUGAAGUUGGAGGAUUGGUGAAAGCUCUCCGGCUCUUCCAGGAGAAGCAUGUGAGUAUGGUUCAUAUUGAAUCACGAAAAUCGAAGAGAAGGAACUCAGAGGUAGAAAUUUUUGUGGACUGUGACUGCAGUAAGAAGGAAUUUAAUGAACUAAUCCAGUUGCUCAAGUUUCAAACUAAUAUCGUGUCUCUGAAUCCACCAGAAAACAUCUGGACUGAUGAGGAAGAUCUUGACUGUGUCCCUUGGUUUCCUCGGAAGAUAUCUGAAUUAGACAAAUGUUCACAAAGAGUUUUGAUGUAUGGAUCUGAGCUGGAUGCAGAUCACCCUGGAUUUAAAGACAAUGUCUAUCGACAGAGAAGAAAAUACUUUGUGGAUGUUGCCAUGAGCUAUAAAUAUGGCCAACCCAUUCCCAGAGUGGAGUACACAGCUGAAGAAAUUAAAACAUGGGGAGUGGUGUUCAGGGAACUCAGUAAACUCUAUCCCACCCACGCUUGUCGUGAAUAUUUAAAAAACUUUCCUCUGCUGACCAAGUACUGUGGAUAUAGAGAGGAUAAUGUGCCUCAGCUGGAAGAUGUUUCUAUUUUUCUUAAAGAAAGGUCUGGCUUCACAGUGAGACCGGUUGCUGGAUAUCUCUCCCCCCGAGACUUUUUAGCUGGCUUAGCAUACAGAGUUUUUCACUGUACUCAGUAUGUACGACACGGCUCGGAUCCUCUCUACACCCCAGAACCGGAUACAUGCCAUGAACUUUUGGGACAUGUGCCUCUACUUGCUGAUCCUAAGUUUGCCCAGUUUUCACAAGAGAUAGGACUCGCUUCAUUGGGAGCAUCUGACGAAGAUGUUCAGAAAUUAGCCACUUGCUAUUUUUUUACGAUUGAAUUUGGUCUUUGCAAGCAAGAAGGACAGCUACGUGCUUAUGGGGCAGGACUUCUGUCUUCUAUUGGAGAACUAAAGCAUGCUCUUUCUGACAAGGCCAAGGUGAAAACAUUCGAUCCGAAGACAACCUGUUUGCAAGAAUGCCUUAUCACCACUUUUCAGGAAGCUUACUUUGUUUCAGAAAGUUUUGAAGAAGCCAAAGAAAAGAUGAGGGACUUUGCUAAAUCAAUCAAUCGUCCCUUCUCUGUGUAUUUCAAUCCAUAUACGCAAAGCAUUGAGAUUCUGAAGGAUACCAGGAGUAUAGAGAAUGUCGUCCAGGACCUCCGCAGUGAUCUAAACACUGAGAAAUUCCCAAAGCAGGUCUCUGUCACUCCUCCCAGCCACUCUUACUCAUUGCAGUCUUCAAUGGGAAGUGUUUGAAAUAAUUAUUUGAAGCGCUGUUUAAUUGAAAUGCAUUGUAUCCAAACUAACUCAGAUGAGCCCAAACUCUUUUUGUGAUGGGCUGCAAAACUCUGGAGUCCUUGGAGGGAAGAAGUCAGGUGGAACUGAGAGAUGAUGAGGCAGUUGCGGGGCCAGGCAGAGGGCAUGCUGUUGGACCGCAGGUACCGUGGAGUCAUUUGUCACCCUCAGGAAGAGCUGGCCUAAAAGAAAAAAGCUUCCAUAACAUGAAGUAGCCCCCCUUCCUCCCUCCCUCUCCAGGUUUGAUCUCACUGUUAUUUGGGGUGGAAGUAUUUUUCUGGUUUUGAAAUUUCUGCCAAAUGACAAGCUCCCAGGACAGGGCAUUUCAGCUCAGUGAGACUGAUGCUCUUGUCACUUUUACUGCUACCUCCAGCACAAACGGACAGAGAUGCCAAUUUCCAUGAGCAGCUGCUGGCGCCUGCCACCAAAUGGGACUCUGGGGGCACCCACCAGUGGAUUGGCCCACAGCUUCCAGCAUCUCCAGCCCGGGGCAGGUGUGCCAGCAGUCAGAAUGACCAAUCUCAGAGGACUGUCUUGGAUUAAGAGGAAGAUGCUUUGACUGAAAAAUUUCAGGCUUCACAGUGUGGUAUUUUUCUGACUAAUCUAUAUUUUGACAGCGCUAUCAAACAUUUGUGCAAUAACUCUCAAGAAUUCUCACAAUCUAUGGUCUCACGUUCCCUCUUUUCUUGCACAUCAGAUGGACUCUCCUGAUUGCAUUUAAUAUCCAUCCAGCAUGUGAGCAAAAAAGCUCUUGAAAGUAGGUCUGCUUUUAAGGUCAUGGAGAAAGAACAGUCAAAUCUGACCAGAACUAAGGCAGUUCUUCUACAUUUCAUACUAACUGAAAAUAAUAAUACAAAGAAAUGUUCAUAGAGGAAACCUCAAACCAUCCCAAACUGCUCUUCUAUGAAUGAAUUCAAACACAAAAACUGCCUGCGUGUUGUCUGCAGGAGUUCAAACUUAAGAUGUGUCAACAUGAACACUGUGGCCGCCUCAGCUAUUGUUAGUCCCAUUGCCAGGCACCUAAUAAUUCCAUACUGGAAAAGGUUUGUGCUGUCUCAGCAGGGAAACAGGCAGCCAUGUGGUAGAGGCUAUCCAGUUAUGAGGAGUUUUUUAGGAAACACCGUAAACACGUUUUCCUUCAGGAACCUUUUCUUGAGGUAUGUAUGUCUAGAAAUACAUUUAUUCUGCAUGACUUUUUCUGCUGUUUAAUGAUGAGUCAGGUUUAAAAAUCCGGUGACUAAAAGAUGAAGAAGUAUAGUGCAGAAUGAUAUUUUGCUCUUUGCUGUUCUCUUGUUUGAUUUUCCUUAGUUAGAAAUGGUCUUCUGGUGAAGAAUUUAACUAAACAUUUCCAUACUGCAAAACUCAAAUGUCUUUUCCAGAGCUAGGAAAUAUAGGCCUCCUUGUCUACACUGGGAAUACUAUUUAAUGAAGACAAUCCUCAAGGUAAUAAUAUGUAUGGGGGAGGCCGGGGCUGGAGCUAUUUCUCCUUAGGGAAUUGUGAAUUAAUAUGUGUUCCUCUCUUUUCCUGUCAUCUUCUUAUGUUGUUAGUAAAAAGUAUAUCCAUACUGUAGACUUAGUGUGGUUUAACAUCCUAGAGUGGUUCCCCUUGGGACCUAGCAGAAGCAAGGAGGAGUAUGUUUAGAAAAUGAGAUGAUUUGUCAAGAAUUAAAGAGCAUUUUGAUCAAGAUUCUUGAAAUAGAUUUGGUAUAGAUGGUUUCGAAUCUGUUGGUUAGAACUGCAGUUCAGUGCUGAUUUACUGCACCCUUUGUCUCCUGGAGUCAAAGGCAGGAAAAAAAAAGUCAACCUUAUUAAUUCAUGGUGUUGCGAGAAGGAAAGAGUGCCAAACAUCCUGCCCAUGACGAUCCUUGGGGAGAGAAUACAAGAAACAGGGCAAACCCUGAGGAA